ACCAUUCUUUCAGCCACCCUUUGCCCAUUGCCGCUCUUGCACCUGCACCAGCAGCCUCCAUUGGAGCGCACACCCAUCCAGAAGUCCAAGCCUACCACCUGUCAGAGGCAGAAAACAUGCCAGUGAAUCAGAAACGUUCAUUCAGUGAUGACAACAACAACAACAACAACCACAACAACAACAAGGACGAUGAUGAUCAUCAUCAUCGUUACGAUGACAAUGCAAAAACAAAACGAAAAAAAAAACAAUGACAAUGAAAGAGAUAGAGGCGGCGAAGGAUCAGUAGUAGGAGCACGAAGUGCAUGAGGAGCACGAGGAGCAAGAGGAGCAAGAGGAGCAAGAGGAGCAAGAGGAGAGGAGUGGCAGGAGGGGCAGGAGGAGCAAGGGGAGAGGAGGGGCGGGAGGAGCAAGAGGAUGAGAGCAAGAGGAGGAAGAGGAGGAAGAGGAGGAAGAGGAGGAAGAGGAGGAAGAGGAGAGAGGAGGAAGAGGAGGAAGAGGAGGAAGAGGAGGAAGAGGAGGAAGAGGAGACACAGGAGGAAGAGGAGGAAGAGGAGACACAGGAGGAAGAGGAGGAAGAGGAGGAAGAGGAGGAAGAGGAGAAAGAGGAGAAAGAGGAAGAGGAGGNGGAAAGACGGAAGAGGAGGAAGAGGAGGAAGGAGGAAGAGGAGGAAUGAGGAAGAGGAGGAAGAGGAGGAAGAGGAGGAAGAGGAGGAAGAGGAGGAGGUGGAGGAGGUGGAGGUGGUGGGGAAAGAGGAGGAAGAGGAGAAAGCGGAGGAGGUGAAGGUGGUGGAGGUAGAAGACGUUAAGGGGUGGGAAGGUUGUCUACAAAUGGUGAAGAGUCCCCGGUAUACUUGGUUUUUCUUAACUACUGUUGUACGUUCUGAGCAUGGACUCAGAGCAUGCUCAGGGCGUACUCGAGACUAGCUCUAUCAUAAUGUAUCUGAUGGCAUUUGCAGCCGGACCUUGAUGCACCUGAUCCGCGAUUACACCCAUACAAAUAAGUAAAAACGUCCUUCUGUC